AUCAGUUGGCCAGUAGCCAGUGCCUCCUUUGGGCUGUUGGAGGGCCAGCAAUUAGGCUUUCCUGGUCCGGCAAGAGCUCCAGCAGGGAAACCCUGGGAGUGUUCACAUCACUAUGAGCAAAGAGAGAACUCCCUCCUCCUGCAAGAUGAGAGGUUAGAGGCCCCUGCGGAAUGCCUCAGAAAGAAAAAUAAAAGUCCUAAGCACCUCCUAAAUUUUUCUGGAUGUGAUUUAAAACAUCGUAAAUAGAAGACAAAUGAAAACCUACUUAACUGAUUUUGUAGAAGACGCCAGGGCGAUGGAGCGAUUUGAUACACUGGGAGUGUCGGCCAUGCUUCAGCUGGAGUCGGCUCUGGACAGAGAGCGAGCUUUUGGACAGGUGCUCCCAGAGGCUGCUGCCUGCACUGCAGACUGUAAAAUGAAAGCCAAAGAGAAGUACCAAUCCGACGUGUGGUUAGAAAUUGAACACCUGAAUGAGGGGAUAGUGCCAGAAGACCCAAGGUCAUCCUCUGUGGCUCUCUGUGACACCGCCACCGGUGCUACAGCUCAGUGUGAGACAGAUCCAGUUGAGAACAUAUUUGAACAGAAUCUCAAGAUCAAGUUUUACAUCAGUUCUGGGUCCACAUCUCCGUCCUCACACAGCGGAGACGAAGCUGACCCAGUUAAGAUUGUAGAUUCUGCUCAUCUACCGGUUCACACACCAACAAUAAAGAGAAAGGAAUGUCAUAGUAGUAUCCUCUUUCCAACCAAGAGUAAGAGCCACCGGUUUUUCCUCACAUCCUUCACUGCCCCCACCAAGUGUCACCAGUGCACGUCUCUGAUGGUGGGUUUGAUAAGACAAGGCUGUGCCUGUGACGCAUGUGGAUUCUCAUGUCACACAACCUGUGUAGAAAAAGCUCCAAGAGCUUGUCCCGUGCCUUCUCAACAGAAGAAAGGUGCCCUCUGUCUAGAUGCACAGGAAGGCAUAGGAACAGCCUAUGAGGGCCAUGUCUGGAUCCCAAAGAAAGCAGGGCUGAAGAAAGGAUGGCAGAGAGCACUAGCUAUAGUUUGUGACUUCAAGCUCUUCCUGUAUAAUAUGGAUGAAGAAAAAGACUCAAAACCCAACGUUGUCGUGAGUCAAGUGAUUGACAUGAGGGAUGGAGCAUUUUCUGUCAGUUCUGUCUGGCCCUCCGAUUUUAUUCCUGCAAGGAGAAAGGAAAUGCCCCGUAUGUUUAAAGUCACGGCUUCUCAGCUCUCGGCGCCUAGCAAUCAGUACUCAGUGCCAAUCCUAGCAGACAGUGAGAAUGACAAGUGUGAGUGGGUGGGGGUGCUGAGUGACUUGCACAAGAUGCUGAGAAAAAGUCACUCCAGAGACCGCUCAGUCUAUGUGCUGAAAGAGGCUUAUGAUAGCAGUCUGCCCCUGAUCAAAACCACCCAGACAGCUGCAAUCAUAGAUCACAAAAGAAUUGCUCUGGGAAAUGAAGAAGGGUUAUUUGUUGUGCACGUUACCAUAGAUGAAAUUAUUCGGGUUGGUGACAUGAAGAAGAUUCAUCAGAUUGAGCUCAUUCCCCAUGGCCAGAUGGUUGCAGUGAUCUCUGGGAGAAGUCACCAUGUGCAACUGUUCCCCAUGUCAGCUUUGGAUGGACGGAAGACUGAUAUUCACAAGCUGGCAGAAACAAAAGGGUGUCAGACAAUGACUUCUGGAACAGUGUGCCAAGGGGCCCAUACAUGCCUCUGUGUAGCUAGGAAAAGCCAAGUCUUUUGUUAUGAGCUGUUUCAGAGCAAGAAAAUUUCUCACAGAAAAUUUAAAAAGCUCCAAAUCCCAACCAAUGUCCAGUGCAUGGCUAUCUUCAGUGAAGAGCUUUGUGUAGGAUUCCAGUCAGGAUUCCUGAGAUAUCCCUUGAGAAGAGAAGGAAUUCCAUACAGGAUGCUCCACUCACAUGAUCCUACACUAUCGUUUAUUGCACAUCAACCAAUGGAUGCUCUCUGUGCAAUUGAGAUCUCCAGUAUUGAAUAUCUGUUAUGUUUUAAGAGCAUUGGAAUUUACACUGACAGCAGGGGCCUCCGAUCUAGGCCAAUUGAACUGAUGUGGCUUGCAACUCCAACUUAUUGCUGUUACAAUGCCCCAUAUCUCUCCGUGUACAGUGAAAAUGCAGUGGACAUCUUUAACGUGAACUCCAUGGAUUGGAUCCAGACUGUCCCUCUCAAGAAGGUUCGACCCCUGAAUAGUGAAGGAUCCCUAAAUAUUUUGCCUUCGGAGACAAUUAGAUUAAUAUAUUUCAAAAAUAAGAUGACAUAUGGAGACGAGCUGGUAUUUCCUGAAACAUCAGAUAAUCGUCAGAAGCAAAUGGUCCGCCACCUCCACAGCAAGCGGCGAUAUUCCUUCAGAGUUCCCAGAGGGAAGGGGGGGCCUCCCGCGGGGCUGUGAUCACCACCCUUCACGUGGCGGCCAGAAGGACCACUCCACAACCACAUGUUAUUCGAUGUUAUUUAGAAGAAAAAGAAAUCUCUGAAACUUGGGCAGAAAUCUCUGUUCACACCAGUUUAAUGUUUAUUUCUCUGUGAAACUUCAAAGAAAAUCUUUAUGUAGUAAGUAUAAAUGGAAGCGCAAUGUCGAUUCAUUUCUCUGUGAACGUGCAAUAACCGAAAUUCAGUAUGUAAGCGUCCAUAUAACAUAAAUACAGAACAAAUGUGUAUACACAUCAUAAUGUAUGUCCCAUAAUCAUUUUGUGAACGAACAAAUAGUACUGUGUAUGCAUGUAGAUUGGUUACUCUCUGACUCUGGAUGUGUUUUGCUUUGAUUUUAGGAUAACCUUUGGUAAUGAGCCAUUACUUGGCAAUAAUCUCUGUAACUGAACAGGCAGAAAAAAUAGGCUGAUCUUCUUUGGAUUACAAAUAAAAACAUUUCUAAAGUGAUGCAAAUUCUUUUAAAAGAACCAUAAGCAUAUGAAAAAUAUAUAAUAUGGCAGAGCUUCUUUGAUGUCUGUGGCUGUUUAAGGCAGUAUUUCUACCAAAAACUUUGAAGUUUUUCAAGUUUCAAGUUUUCAAGUCUUCUUGAAAGAAGAGAGAACUGUUAAAAUCUUCAAUCUUAACUGUGGAUUUCUCUAUUUUUUUCCUUUCACAUCAACAAUUUUGGCUUCAUAUAUUUUUGAAGUUGUUUUUUUUUUGGAUUCACAUGAAUUUAGAUUAUGUUAGAUAAUUAUUAUGAAAAUUUCAUCUUUCUCUUUAGUAGUAUUCCUUAUCAAGGAGUCUCCUUGGUAUAUUCAGUUAGCCACUCUAGGUUGUCUUACUUUGGAAUCUGCACGGUCUAUCUUUUUUUCCAUCCUUCACUCUUAACCAACAUGUAUCAAAUGAUUUAUGCGUUUCUUAUAUACAGCUUAUGGUUAGGUCUUGAUUUUCGUUAAGUUUUAUAAUGUCCAUGUUUUAACUGGGAGUAUUCAGAACCCUUACAUUUAAUAUAAAUACACUGCCAUGUUUGGUUUUAAAUAUAUCAUCUUUCUUAUUUGUCCUAGCCUUUUUCUUUCUUCUUUGUUUCUGUAUUCUUUUGAAUUGUGUAUUUUACUAUCCGAUUUUUGUUAUAAUUAUUACUUGUACCACUUUUUUUGGGGGGGGUGGUUGCUCUCUAAUUUAGAUUAUUACAAUUCUGAUACCAAUUAAGGUGUGUGAGUUUUCCACCACCACCAUCAAAUUCUGACACCAGCUGGGUGUCCUACAAUUCAACUCAAUUUUGACACUAUCUACCUGGAGAUAGUGUAGCACCUGUUAAGAGCUCAGUCCCAAAAGACUGCCCCCUCCCCUCCACUUCAGACAUAAGUCUCAAACCCAGGUUGCCACCUGUGGUUCUGACAUAAAGGGUAUAGAUCAGAGGCUCCAACAACUCCUUCCUAGGGUUCACUUAACUCGCUAGAGUGGCUCACAGAACUCAGAGAAACAUCUUACUUGUUACUGGUUUAUUAUAAAAGGAACUCAGGAGCAGUCAACGGGAGAAACUGGACAAGUCAUAUGGAAAGAGCACAGAGUUUUCAUGCCCUCUCCAAGCCCAGCAUCUCCCUGAACCUCCAUGUACUCACCGGUUCAGCUCUCCGAACCUUGUCCUGAGUUUCCAUGGAGGCUUCAUGACAUAGACAUGACUGAUUCUAUCAACUGGCCAUUGGUAAAGGACUUAACCUGCAUGCAGCCCUUCUCCCUUCCCCAGAGGUUGAAGAGCGUGGAACUGUAAAUUCCAACCUCCUACUCACAGUCUAAUCACAUGGAUGAGUUCCUAGGAAACCAGCCCCCAUUCUUAGGUGCUUUCUGAAAGUCACCUGAUUUAACAUAACAAAAGACACCUUUAUCACUCUCAUCACUUAGGAAAUUCCAAGGGUUUUAGAAGUUCUGUGGCAGAAAUGGGACAGAGACCAAAUAGAAAUUUAUUAUAAAUCACAGUAUCACAAGUAUGCAUCUUUAACGUACCACUAUCUACCCUGAAAUAAUACCAAUUCACCUAUAUUGUAAAAACCUGUAACCUAUUUCCAUCUCCCUCUCCAACCUUUUGUGCUAUUGUAAUACAUUUUGUUUCUAUAUGUGUUGUAUUUUUUUAUUAUACCAUCACACUUGGGUAUUGUUUUUGCUUAAAUAGUAAACUAUAAAGAACUUACUUUAAAAAGGUAAAACAAUUUAUAUUUACCCACAUAUUUAUCAUUUUUGGCAGUCUUCAUUUUUAAUGAUUUUUAAUGAUUUGUUUUGUCUGGUAACUAACAUUAUUUU